AUGAGGCUUGAUUCAGUACAUUUAUCCAUGCUGGUAAUCGGGGUCUCCUUCGCCUGCUACUCCCCGAGUUUGAAUUCUCUGCAGGACCAGGCUUACAAAUCCGCCGUGGUUAUCGAGGGAAAGGUGCAGUCCGCGCCUCUGAACGUUUCAUCUGAGCCAUACAGUGUGAAUGUGAAAGUCCUGGACGUGUGGCCACGGAACAGCGGGGGUUUGGAACGGGAGCAGCUCGUCACCGUGGGGGAAUUUGGCUCGGAGACUCCGUGCACCAAAGUGAAAAAGAACCACAAAUACAUUUUUUUCAUGGACCCGACCGACGAGCCUUUGGUUUUCAAGGCUUCGUUUGCUCCCCUAGAUACUACUGGGAAGAAUCUAAAAAAAGAUGUUGGGAGGAUCUUGUGUGAAGACUGCGCUGCCGCCCCAAAGUUGAAGCGUAUGAGGAGCCAGAUCCUGGUGGAUGAAGGCAGCAAACUCACAGUUAAGUGUGAGGCUACAGGGAGCCCCACCCCAAACUACACGUGGUACAAAGAUGGUACACAACUGAAGGGAAGCAGAAAGCUCAGAAUCAAGCCUGGCAAGAAGAAUUCCAGAGUUCAGAUCAACAGUGCCAAGCUGGAAGACUCUGGGAACUACACGUGUGUGGCGGAAAACUCGUGGGGGAAGGACAACGGCACAAGCACUGUGCACGUUCAAAGCAUAACCACCACGUUAUCGCCAGGUUCGGGCCACGCCAGACGAUGCAACGACACAGAGAAGACUUACUGCGUGAACGGCGGCGACUGUUACUUCAUACAUGGUAUAAAUCAGCUCUCGUGCAAGUGUCCAAAUGACUUUACUGGUGAUCGGUGUCAAACCUACGUAAUGGCCAGUUUCUACCAGUCUCUUGGGAUUGAAUUAAUGGAAGCGGAGGACCUCUACCAAAAGCGGGUCCUGACAAUCACAGGCAUCUGUGUCGCUCUGUUGGUUGUGGGCAUUGUGUGUGUGGUCGCCUACUGCAAAACCAAGAAACAGAGAAAGAAAAUGCACAACCACCUGCGGCAAAACAUGUGUGUGGAUCAUCCGAAUCGUAACCUUGCCAACGGACCCAAUCACCCCGGCCCGGGGCCUGAGGAUAUCGCCAUGGCAGAUUACAUCUCAAAAAACAUCCCAGCCACGGAGAGGGUGAUCCGACAUGGAGCAGAGUCAUCUUUCCCUGGCAGCCGAACGUCUUCCAGAUCCCAUAACUCCUCCACGCGCGCCCACUCCUCCACCCACAGGCACGAGGAGCGGACGUGGAGCCUGGAGCGGACAAACAGCAUGAUGUCAGACUGUCCAUCGGAGAUGAUGUCGUCUUCCGUGGGGACGAGUAAAUGCAGCAGUCCUGCGUGUAUGGAGGCGCGUGCCAGGCGAGCUGCACACUACACCAACACAGAACCCCACCGGUCACAGUAUGGUGACUCCUUCGACUCUCUGGGAGACUCCCCACACAGCGACAGGUACGUCUCGGCUCUAACCACGCCGGCACGCCUGUCUCCGGUGGAUUUUCAUUACUCAUUGCCCCCGCAGGUGCCUACCUUCCAGAUCACGUCUCCCAACGCCAGCCACGCCAUGUCCCUGCCCCCGGCUGCCCAGGCUCCGUACCCGCCCGAGGAGGACCAGGUUCUGCUGCGUCGUUACCAGGUUCCCCUCAACGAGGCCCAACGCCACGAGCCCUACCGCCAGCAGCAUCGCUCCUACCUACGAGACAGCACGGGCAGCCUGCCCUCCAGCCCAUACCGGCUGGUGCAAGAUGAAGAGUACGAGAGCACGCAGGAGUACCUCUCUUCACUGGAGCAACCAAAGAGAAGCGGCGGCAGCAGUCACUGGCGACGCUCCAGACUCAACGGCCACGUGGCUCCCCGAGGCUACCAGCCGUCACGGGACUACGGCUCACGUAGCUGCCUGUCCGACAGCGAGUCGGAGGAAGAGGAAGGCGGCGAGAGCACGCCCUUCCUCAGCAUGCAGAACAUGAACGCCGCCGAGCCCUCCACCAUCUACAGGCCCGCCGACAGCCGGACUUCUUAUAGCUCGGGGCAAAGGAACGGAGCACGCGCCAGCACACAAACCAGACUGACGCACUCGCGCUCCAAACCCGACCACGCCCCUCACUAG